AUGAUUCCUCGAUUGUUGUUCGCCCUUCUCUUUUUGACAGGAUUGGCGCAGUGCCUGACCCCUGCACAAUGGAGAAGCCAGUCGAUCUAUCAGGUUCUUACCGAUCGUUUUGCGAGGACCGAUGGUUCAACAACUGCUUCUUGUAAUGUCAACGAGUAUUGUGGUGGAUCAUUCCAAGGUAUCAUCAACAAGCUGGACUACAUCCAGCAGAUGGGCUUCACUGCGAUCUGGAUUAGUCCUGUUGUGAAGAACAUCCGCAGUUCAGGCCAAGAUGGUGACUCGUAUCAUGGAUACUGGGCACAAGACAUCUACCAAAUCAACACCAACUUUGGCUCUGCUGCCGAUUUGGUGUCACUCUCCAAGGCUCUUCAUAGUCGUGGCAUGUAUCUGAUGGUUGACAUCGUCACAAAUCAUAUGGGAUACAAUGGCUGUGGUGGCUGCGUCGACUACUCCAUAUACAAUCCCUUCAACAAACAGUCAUACUACCAUCCCUUCUGUCUCAUUGACUACAGCAACCAGGACAGUGUCGAGCAGUGCUGGGCUGGCGACAACACAGUUUCCCUGCCCGACUUGAGAACCGAAGACUCCAAUGUACUCUCUAUGUGGAAUACCUGGAUAAAACAGCUUGUAUCAAACUACACCAUCGAUGGUCUGAGAAUCGACUCUGCCAAAUCCGUCGACAAAGCCUUCUAUCAACCAUUCCAACAAGCCGCCGGUGUCUAUGCAGUCGGUGAAGUCUACGACGGCGACCCGAACUACUUCUGCGAUUAUCAGAACUAUCUAGACGGCAUGCUCAACUACCCAUCUUACUACUGGAUCACACAGGCCUUCCAAUCAACCUCUGGCAGCAUCAGCAAUCUCUACAACGGCAUCAAUACCUUGAAAUCCGCGUGCAAAGAUACAACACUUCUAGGCUCGUUCCUAGAAAACCAUGAUGUAGCACGCUUUGCAUCCCUGACUUCCGACUACGCACUUGCGAAGAAUGCUAUUGCAUUCACAAUGCUCGCUGAUGGUAUCCCCAUCAUCUACCAAGGCCAAGAACAGCAUUUCUCAGGCUCCAGUGUGCCGGAUAACAGAGAAGCACUUUGGCUCUCCGGCUAUUCCACUUCUGCGCAGUUGUAUCCGUUUAUUGCGACGCUCAACAUGAUUAGGAAACAAGCCAUCAAGCAAGAUACGGGAUAUUUGACAUACAAAGCUUACCCAGUUUACUCUGAUGCCUCUACGAUUGUCAUGAGGAAGGGCACGACAGGGUCUCAAGUUGUCGGUGUGUUCACUAAUAAAGGCUCUUCUGGAAGUAGUUCAUUUACGCUUUCGUCAUCGGCGAGUGGCUUCACAGCUGGUCAAGCAGUUACUGAUCUCUUAUCUUGCAGUUCGUACACUGCGGACUCGAACGGCAAUAUUGCUAUCAGUAUCAAUGCUGGUGCUCCCAGGGUUCUCUAUCCGACCUCGAAGUUGAGUGGUGGUGGUCUUUGUGGAGGAUCAGGUUCUACAUCAGGCACACCAACCACCAUCAAAACAUCUACGGUACCUGGUGGUUGCAGUACUCCUACCGCAGUUGCUGUGACCUUCACUGAUAAAGUGACUACCCAAUAUGGUCAAACCAUCAAGCUUUCAGGCUCAAUUCCUCAGCUCGGAUCUUGGAAUGCUGCGAAUGCUGUUGCUUUGUCUUCUGCUGGAUAUUCCGCUAGUAAUCCUGUCUGGUCCGGCACUGUCAAUCUACCCGCUGGCCAAGCUUUCAGCUACAAGUUCAUCAAGGUGAAUUCUGAUGGAAGCGUGACUUGGGAGUCUGAUCCAAACCAUAGUUACACCGUUCCUGCAAGCUGUGGUGUGACAACUGCAUCGGUCAGCAAUACUUGGCAGGGGUGA